AUGCAUGACGCUUUUUAUUGUGAAUUAAUUAUUGGUGAAUUACGCACAAAUAUAAUUGAACAAGAAUAUCCUAAACAAAUAAUAAAUAUAAAUGAACAACAUGAUUUUGAAAAUGAAUUAUUGUUUUCACUAUUAACAACUAUUGUUAAUAACUUGAUUGACUUUCUAAUUACAAUAAAUAUUAUUGAUGAAUGUCAAUUAACAUCAGAUUGA